GCCGAAAACGUUAGGGACUCAAUCUGUGGGGUCUCAUUUUACAUAAAGUGUGAAAAUUAAUAGUUAUUUGUGAUCGAAACUAGGGCAUGGUAAGAAAAACAUGCAGUAUCGUGAAGGCAGACGAGCCGUUUGAAAAGAGGGUGUGUGUACUUUGGAUGCAAAAGCCGUGCCGAGACGAUUCCCUGAAGUGUACACGCAUCUCACCCACUGCUAACCCAUGCUAAUCUAAUACCGUGUCAACGGUCGUCAUUCGGCUUCUCAACUAAUACCCUGGUGCAUUUAUAUGUAUGCUGAACGCGGCUGGAUUAUACCGAGCUUCCCUAAACAGGUUCCCUUCAUGCAGAGACAGGACGUUCUCUCCUAACUGGUGUGCUGAAAUCCCCCAGGAGCUUUUUUACCCCAACAACUUACAUGGCUGGACCGUAUGCAGCUCUGAGUUAGUGUUAUUAGAAAUGCUGUCGAAAUGGAUUCCUCUGAAGCCGAGUUUACACAUCUUCCAACGCAGAGGGUUCGCUAUCUAGUCUUCGUGAUCUAUCUUCAAAUUUCUCUGGCCACUGGCACAACCUGGUCCGAAUGGUGGGGCUAUGAAGGGAUCUCUGGCUCGAAAUUUUGGGGAAUCAUACAUCCAGAAUGGGCCUUGUGUUCCAAAGGGAAGUAUCAGUCCCCGAUCGACAUCGACCCAAAGCUGCUGCUCUACGAUCCGAAUCUACGGCCGCUAAACUUCACAAGGAAACGCGUGUCUGGCGUCUUCGUUAACACGGGUCAAGAUUUGACCUUGACCUUUGACCUUGAUGACGAGGACUCCGGCGUUUUUAUUGAUGGCCCGCUGACCUACAGAUAUCGCCUGAAUCAUUUAAUAUUUCAUUUUGGAAGCGCAGACGACAGAGGUUCUGAGCACGUGAUAGCAGGAACGGCAUUUCCAUUAGAGAUUCAGUUUGUGGCCUAUAACUCAGAUCUGUUCUCAAGCUUCAAACAAGCGGCUGUUGCCAGUUUCGGCGUUAUUGUGAUCAGUUUGUUAGGCCAGACAUCAGCAGCCAACAACAAUACGUAUCUUGACGCAUUAAUUAAGGACGCUGAGUCCAUAUCAUAUAAAGGGGACAGUAAAGUCGUCUCUGACGUUUACGUGGACGGCUUAAUACCCAACACCAGUCAGUAUAUAACAUAUGAAGGCUCUCUUACAACACCGGGAUGUCACGAGGUCGUCACGUGGAUAGUUCUAAAUAAACCUGUCUAUGUCACGCCGACUCAGUUAGCUUCUCUGAGAACCGUUCAUAAAGAGGGUCGGGGAAAAGAUGAUCGGCUAAUGGAGAAUAAUUUCCGUCCAGUAAUGCCUUUAAACAAUCGAGCAAUCCGAACGAAUAUUCUCCCAUCCGAGUCACCCGAAUGCAGACGAAAAAGGACUUUUUCCUACGAAGUCAAUGAGCGUUUCCUGACGUGACGACACGCGAAUGUUAACGCUGCGCUCUCCUCUAGUUACCAAAGGAUUAGCAGUCUUCCAGCAAGAGUCCUCACAACUUCCUCCUACCGUCGACAUUUCUGAAUAGCUCUAACGACUCCCACCAAAGCCGGUACUGUUCGCUUCUAAACGCAGGCCAGGACCCUCUCUGGAAGGGUGAUGUAGAAAUAAACUAAUUAUCCGGCAGGAUGUCGCUAAGGGAAUAUUCGACCCACAGAGUGCGAUUCUCACCACUCUGAAUGGAUGGGAAGGAAUGAAAGUUCUCCCGACGGACGAAGAUAUAUCCCCCUUCAAAUGAAGUACACGUGUAACAAACAGGGGGCAGUUUAUCUUAAGAAGUGUGUGACCCUAUGCAAUAAUUGCAACAUAGUAUACACAAGCAAUUUCUGAUUGGAACUGAUGUUUGAGGCACGUCACGUACUUUGAGAUGCUUAUGGUAACAUAUGACUGGGAGACAUUUCUGUCGUAUUUGUUCGGACGAAUAACCGUCAUGCAUGGGAAUGUAUGGAAUGAAUUUAAAAUGGAACGCGUGUUAAUAAAUGUAAACAAGCAAAUCUUUGGAAGACAGAGACUUUCUGGGAAGGUCAAAGAUCUAACCCUGAAUAUAGCCGAACAUUUUCAUCAUUGUCCCAAUACCGUAUUACAAACAUUUUCUGGUAUUUGUGUAUAAGAUGUUUUGAAGUUUUUCUGUCCUUCUAAUUGUACAAGUAAGUGUAUAUGCAAGGGAGAGAAUCCAGUACAUUGGUAUUUGCUCCGUGUGUUCUAAGUAUUCUCUUCUCUUUACGUCACACGUUGGA